AAUACAACACAUUACUGUGUUUAUUUUAUUGUUUUUGUAACAUAAUUAGUGUGUUUAGUACUUGGUCUAGUAAGGUAAAUUUAUUAAAUCUAUACUAUAAUUGACAAAUGUUUAAAAUGAAUUCAUUAUUUGUCACUAACAUGGUCAAUAUUGAGUUUUAUUCCUUGGGCCACAGAACCAAUAAUAUUUGUAAUGGGCCGUAAUCAAUCCAAAACUUUGUCGUAAACAGUAUCUCAAUUAUGUUUUUUAUUAUCUGGACAGAUAAUGUUUUUGUUCUUGAGUCUUUGUCUGAAACGGAAAAAAAAUUCCAAUCAACGAAAAUCAUCUUUGUCGGUCAAUUUACGAAUCUGAAUCGAAAUCCAUACUAAAUCGACUUCCUUCGUCUUCGAUUAUACAUCGUGAUUCGCAAAUUAUUAGAUCUAAAAAGAGAUGAUUACAAAUAUUUUGAUGGAUUCUCAAAAGAAGAAGAACCACGAAGAUAAGUUUUUUUUUAUUAAGAUUAUUAUAUAACGUGAGCACUUUAUUUCAAUAAGCUCCUGCUUCAUUAUUCUUUAGAUCAAUCUUAUAUUCAUGAUACAAAGCUCAAUAUGUCUGCAGGCCAAGUAUCAUUUUGCACCUCUAAUUCUUAUGGAGCAGAACAGUAACAGUUCAAUUUGAAGCAUUCUUGAAAGCUAAUUUGACCAAGAAUCUUUUGCGACUUGGAAUCUGAAGGAGAAAAGAGAUUUGGUGUUGUAUUUGGAGGUUUUCAGAGAUCUAAAUUUAAAAGAUUAUCAAAUGGCAACUGUGAGGAUCAAUACAAAUCGUGACGCUCAAUCCAAAUCAACCGUGAGGAUCAGUUUGAGGAAAAUCAACCGUGAGGAUCACUUUUAGGAAUGGCCGGGUCAAGUGUUACGAUCCGCAUGUUUAUCCGAAAGCUAGCCCAUCAGGCUCUAAAAAUAACCGAUCCAAUAGCCCAUGAUCCAUGGAUCUUUCUCUACCAAAUUAUUAUUUUAGCCUUCCACGUGUUUUAAAUUUUAGUCUUAGAUUGAAAAAAUUCUAAUGGCAUUCAUUGUAAUUUUUUAUACUUUAUAAGGUUAUUUAAAUUAGAAUGAUUCCCAAUUAAUAGUAUAGAUUGGUAGAGAACAAUUUUGGUAUUAGUUACUCUAAUGAUCAAUGCAGUGAAGGUGUUCAAUGAAAUGCUUAAGAGAGACUUUAGGGAAAUUUACUUUCACCUGAAGUGUGUUAGAUAUAAGGGUUUAGUGCUUUUUCAUCAUGAUCCCCAAAGAACAGAAAUCACAAAGAAUCUAAAGCUGUUGAAUCAAGGAUACACUGUGACGUCUUUUGAUAAGCAUGUUGCCCUUUCCUCUCUCAAAGGCUCUCUCUUCCCGCUGAAACGGUAACCUAUAAUCCCUUUGGAUGCUUAAGCAUUAUUAGUAGGCUAAGAAUGAGUAAGGUGUCUGAAUGUUUUUACUCUCCAUUUUCGAAUGAUAAAUUUGUUACGGUGUCUAUUAUAUGCUCGGGGAAUCUUGAUGAGAAUUUGGUUACAUUCAGGUCAAGCUACAUUUUUGUACAAGGUUUUUGGUGCCCCUCUUGAAAAUUUAUUCUUCGAAGUUAACAAGCUAAAUAUAUGACGUGUUGUGUUUACUCUCAAAUGAUAAAUUUGUUACAGUGUAUGUAUAUGCUCGUGGAAUCCUGAUGAAAAAUUGGUUACAUUCACAGUUCAAGUUACAUUUUAUUUACAAACACUAGGUUUCAGGCUAUGUCUUCUGAUUACAAUUCUCUAAUAGUUUCAAUGGUGCAAGGUUUUGUAUGCCCCUCUUGAAAAUUUAGCCUCUGAAGUUAACAAGCUGUAUAUGUGACAUGUUUGCAGAGUUCAAGCAUAUAUCAGUGUGAAUGAGCUGGAGUCAACGGUGGUUGUGAUAAUAGUUCAAGCAUCUAAUUUAAUACUCUGCCCUAUCAAAUAUCUUUGAUUAAUCAAAACGAAUAAUUAGAGGUGGCAAU